CCUGGAAUACCAAGCUUGCGGGGGAUUAAACAGCGGAGAGCCCAUCGCUGGGCUCCGACCACCCUUCAGUACCCGUGGCAGUUCAAGCAAGUUCACCCACUGCACUUCACAAGCCACAAACCGUAGUCGGAUGGGCUCGGCUCUUCCAAGCACAUUGACCGUGAUUCACGACGUGUCCUGCUUGAGAGUGCUUGUCGGUUACAGAUCGUAGUGCCGUUACAAGCCGCCACCACCGACAUCCCACACGCCUCCUCACAACGGGUAGCAUGGGGGAAUUUGACACCAGCGUGGGAUCGACGAUCGAAUUAUUGCUGUACGUGGCGCUGGCAAUCGUGAUCACCCUGGUCAUGGUCGUGCUGUACUUUGUCUACCAGUACUGGUUCUUUAAGAAAUACCGACAUGCAACAACACACCCCGAUUACGAAGAGCUCCGAGACCUGGACGGGAACGUCGUGCAGCAAGCCAACACGAUUUGCUCGGUCGGCGCAGGUGGAGCAAGCUGUCCACCCCCCAUAAACCUCCACGACCUUUUUUGCUUAGGAAUUCGAAUGGAUGAGGCCGCGACGCGCCCCAAGCUCCAACUCUUGCGCACGGCCAGCUUGCCCACAAGGGAAGAGCUACCGACGCAUCGAGCUGCCUCUUUGUAUCCACGCAGCGAGUCUGUGCCUCCGUCCAAGUCCAGUGCCAACCUCAUCCUUCAAGCUACAUCUACUGCGAUGGCGUCAUCUCGGACGGAACCGCUCGUCCACACAUCAUUCGUCCCCGGCACAGCCCCCGUGGACAAUACCGAUCAAGAUAUCAUCAGGGUGCAAUCGAAUCGCGCCGACCAAACCGAUCCACAAUCGAUCUGAUUGGUUG